AUGAACGCCGUCAUCUCGAGCUCCAACAUCAAGGCCUUUUCCAGCGCACUCCAGUGCCUCGCACGCUUCUCGGAAACCUUUUGGCUCCAGGCCGCUCCCACGCCUUCCUCGUCGUCGUCGUCGUCGGGCAUCCCGGCAGAGGCCCAGCUACGCCUCUCGGCCAUCAAUCAGACCAACUCGGCGUUCUGCAUGUUUGUCUUUGAUCCCGACUUUUUCCUCCGCUCCGCACUCACCUCAUCCUCGUCCUCGUCGACGGCGCACCACCGCGUCGAGUGCCAGCUCGCCAUCAAGCCCGUCCUCGCCAUCCUCCGCACGCGCGCAAGGACCGUGGAGCGCUGCGAGCUCGAUCUGGUCGACGACGCGCAGCACUGCCGCUUCUCGAUCCAGCUCCACUGCAGCCACGGCGUCAAAAAGACGCACCGGCUCACCUACGAGCCCAAAAAGGGCCUCCUCCCCACCGCAGACCCCAACCCGCCCCACCACUUUUCCAUCCACGCCCAGACCGCACACGAGUGGACCGAACACUUCCUCGGCACCAACCGCGGCGGCGAAAUCUCCUUUUGGUGCUCGCCCGACUUCUGCAUCGUCAAGAGCAAGGAGGACGAGGUGCCGGAGGUGCGCGGACAGAUGCGCAAGGCCAUCCACACCGAGGUCAAGAUCGACCUCGCAGAGCUCAACGACUACCGAGUCGACGGCGAGGCGCACCUCACCUUUAGCCUCCGCGAGUUCAAGGCCACCGUCACACUCGCAGAGGCACUUCAGGUGCCCCUCGACCUCUGUUUCAGCGACGGCGACGAGCCCCUCUUUAUCCGCCUACACGCAGACGCCAUGGUCGCAGAGUUUGUCCUGGCCACGAGCAGGGGCGACGCUCAGCCCGAGCAGCAGCAGCAGCACCAGGCGCAGCCUCAACAGCGGACGCAGCGGGCGCAGCAACCAGAUCGCUCUGCCCGGUCGACGCAGAGAACGCAGCAGACAGCAGCAACGCAGCGAGCAACAACGACCAACGGCAGAGGACCCCAACAGCAGCAGCGCGACAGCCGUGGCGGCAACGGCGCCGCGCCCGUGUCAGCGACGGGACGCACACAGCCGCGAGAAGACACCUCGACCGCCUCGAUGCCAUCGGCCAGUCGGGUCGAUCGUGUCGCCUCGCACGGCGAGGCGCCGAUGGAGUCGACGCCCAACCCCGUCCUCUCACCGGGAUCGCAGCGACGGGCCGAUGCGCCGCCCCCGCUCUUCUUCCCGGGCGCCUCGCAGGACUCGGUGGCAGAGGCAGCGAUGCACGACGGCCGUGACGCCUCCACCUCGCACGACGAUACAGUCUCGAGGGGUGCAGGCGGGUACGACGACGGCGAGGAGGCGGAUCUGGGCGAGUACGGGAACGAACUGGGGGAUGCCGACUUUGCGGCGCUCGACGAGGUCGAACGCUCGAUCGAGCGCGGGGAGACGCAGCUCAUCGGUUCCCAGCUCAUCGUCACGGGCGCCAGCGUCAGCGGUGGAGGUGGUGGUGGGAGUCGGACCUCGGCAGAGCGAGAGGGUGACAGCGUCUCUGCGCCGUCGCCAUCGUCGAGUAGCCGGCACGACUCGACCGACUUCCCACGUACCCGGCCCAAGCGGAGCGCCGCGGAUCGACGGAUGCGUCUGGCCCGCAUCGAGGAGGUCCAACUCGGGGAGUCUUCUGCGUCUGCGUCUGCGUCCACGUCGCAGCAGGGACGGGGGCCAGACAGCCCGGACCGAUCUUCAGUCGGUGGUCGGCUUGGCGAGCGAGAGGAUGCGGAUAGCGACGACGACGACGACGACGACGACGACGACGACGACGACGACGACGAGGGUGAUAGGCCGCGACGAAAGAGGUUCAAGCCCCUCUUUGGCUAG